AUUUCAAAUCCCCUUCAGUUUCCGACUUUCUCUUCUCCCAAACACCCUCCGUGCUUGCUUUCCACUUCGUCUCCUGGUUCCAUCGUUUGUUUCGCCCUCCAAAUCUUUACCAGAAAACACACCAGACACUCAUGUUCUCAUCAAUCUAGUUCCCCACAAUUUUUAUCUGCCUCUCUUUUGACAAACAAAUGCCGUUCAUCUCGGACACAGCAAGUGCGAUCAAGAGCCGCUUUGGCUUCAAGGAUAGUUCGUCCGCCUCGGAAGCAGUGCCCUCAGUCAGGAGUUCGCCGGAUCUCUUCAAGUCGGCGACGCGAGAUAAUCCCGGGCAACCCCUAGCCGCGGCGUCUUCAGUGCGGAGCCUCGGGGAGUUGGACGACGACAAUGGAGUCGGAAGCAACAGAUCGGUGCGUCAGCCACUGCCGGCAUGUCAGGGCUUCGAGCUCUGUGAGGAUCCGUCCUUCUGGAAGGACCAAAACGUGCAGGUAAUCAUAAGACUUCGUCCUCUUAGUAGUUCAGAAAUAUCUCUACAAGGAUACAACAAAUGUGUUAGGCAAGAGAGCUCUCAGACUAUUACCUGGACGGGUCAUCCAGAGUCACGUUUUACCUUUGACAUUGUUGCCGACGAGAAUGUUAGCCAGGAGAAGCUUUUUAAAGUGGCUGGAGUGCCAAUGGUGGAAAACUGCGUGGGAGGCUACAAUAGCUGCAUGUUUGCAUACGGCCAGACGGGAAGUGGAAAGACUCACACAAUGCUUGGAGACAUUGAGGAAGGCACUCGAAGACACAAUGUUAACUGUGGGAUGACACCAAGAGUCUUCGAGUAUUUAUUCUCAAGAAUCCAGAAGGAAAAAGAAGCUCGUAAAGAUGAGAAGUUAAGAUUUACAUGUAAAUGCUCAUUUUUAGAGAUAUACAAUGAACAGAUUCUUGAUCUUUUGGAUCCAUCAUCAAACAACUUACAGAUUAGAGAAGAUAUCAAGAGAGGGGUUUAUGUAGAGAAUUUGAAAGAGAUAGAAGUGACAAGUGCCCGAGAUGUGCUUCAACAACUUAUCCAAGGAGCAGCAAAUCGAAAAGUAGCAGCCACAAACAUGAAUCAUGCAAGUAGUCGUUCUCACAGUGUGUUUACUUGCAUCAUUGAAAGUAAGUGGGAAUCUCAAGGGGUAACUCGCCAUCGAUAUGCUCAGCUUAAUCUUGUUGAUCUAGCGGGCUCUGAAAGGCAGAAGAGUUCUGGUGCUGAAGGUGAGCGUCUCAAGGAAGCUACCAAUAUCAACAAGUCUCUUUCAACAUUAGGGCUUGUGAUUAUGAACCUUGUCAGUAUAUCCAAUGGAAAGUCACUCCAUGUUCCUUAUCGAGACUCAAAACUCACAUUUUUGCUUCAGGAUUCACUUGGAGGGAAUUCAAAAACUACCAUAAUUGCAAACAUUAGCCCAGCAAAUUGCUGCUCAUUGGAGACGCUAAGCACAUUGAAGUUCGCACAGCGUGCGAAAUUCAUUAAGAACAAUGCAGUUGUGAAUGAAGAUGCAUCUGGAGAUGUUAUUACAAUGCGGAUGCAAGUUCAACAGCUUAAGAAAGAAGUAUCCCGACUGCGCAGUUUGGUCUCUGGGGAAGCUGAAAAGUUGGACAGUGAUACUUUGGCAGUCAGCUUUCCAGGAUCUCCAGGUUAUUUCAAGUGGGAAGGGCUUGAUGGAUCACUCAGUCCGCUCGCAUCUGAUAAAAGGACAUCCCAUAAGAAAGACUACGAGGUUGCCCUUGUAGGGGCUUUUAAAAGGGAAAAGGACAAGGACAUUGCAUUGCAGUCAUUGGCUGCUGAAAACCAGGCAGCUAUGCAAUUGGCAAAACAAAGAGAGGAUGAAAUACAAGGCUUGAAAAUGAGACUAAGGUUCCGAGAAGCUGGAAUAAAGAGGCUAGAAGCCGUUGCUUCUGGAAAGAUAUCUGCUGAGACACACUGGUUGAAAGAGAAGGAAGAACAUCUUAAGGAAAUUGAUGUUCUAAGAAACCAAGUUGACAGGAAUCAAGAAGUUACUAGAUUUGCAAUGGAAAAUUUGCGACUGAAGGAAGAAAUCAGAAGGUUGAAGUCAUUUGUUGAGGAAGGUGAACGGGAGACGAUGAGCGAACAAAUCAUGUUCUUACAGAAUAAGUUACUAGAAGCACUUGACUGGAAACUUAUGCAUGAAUCGGAUUCCUCAAUAAAGCAGAAAGCAGAUUCAGAUACAGAGAAGGAAUCUAAUAUUGAUGGUGAUCCAUCAUGCCCUAAUCAGAAACAAGGAUCUCCUUGGCGUUCUUCAAUUAAUGAAGAGAAUGAAUUCCUCCGCAUGCAGGCAAUUCAAAACCAGGCAGAAAUGGAGACACUUCUGAAGAAAUUAGAUUUCUGCCUUCAAGAGAAAGAAAAAUUGGAAGGGCAUAUUCAUGAUAUGGAGACGAAGAUCGAGGAAGAGAGAUUGUCUAGAGCCAUGAGAGAAGGCACGGAGGAACUCAAGCCUCCUACUUCUGUAACUGAUGACCUCGUGGUUAACAUUAAUGAUCAAAUGGAGCUGAAAGCCAUGGUUGAUGUCAUUGCUGCUGCAAGUCAAAGGGAAGCUGAGCUCUCUAAGGAGAACAAUGAUUUGCGAUUAAAGGUUAAGGUUUUACUUGAUGAUAACAAUAAACUGAUUGAGCUGUAUGAAAGAGCAAGUUCAGAAAACAAUUACAAACAAUCAAAUAGAGUUGAAAAUCUUCAAGAGGAGGACAUGGAAGCUCACAGCAGCCGGAGUGAUGCAGAACUUGCAAAAGAGAAUAAAAUGAAAAGAGAGGUUGAGAACUUGCAACAUCAGCUCGUGGAAUUCCAUGAAGAAAAUGAAAAACUAAUGACUUUGUACGAGAAAGCCAUGGAAGAGAGGGAUGAGUUCAAAAGAAUGCUGUCUAGCGCAGAAAGCAGAGUAAAAGUUAGCGACAUGGAUUGUCCAGAAAAGCUAGUAGAAGUUGAUGGAGUGGGAUGUCUUGAGUCAUGUGAACCUCCUCCUAUUCACGCUCAUGCAAAAAAUUCAACGGAGGAAAGUGGUUGCCAUGGGUUUAAUUUGCAUGACACAGAGGCAGUUGCUAGUUUAGGAAAACCUGCAAUGUACAACAAAGAGAUGCCUGUACUGAAUGUGCAAGAUGAGAAUGGUCAAUAUUCUUCCAACAUUGAAGGAAGGGAUGAGAAUCAGCUUCGAACUGAUUACCCUGAGUCAGUCCAACCUCUGAAGCAUGUCGAAGCCAAAGCCUCAACUGAGCAGUUUGUUGAGUUAAGAGGACCACCUGUAGCUGAUGAAGCAGAAGUAUUUACUGAAGAAAAUAGUUUUACUGGAUUUCUUGGAUCCAGUCCACUCCAUGAGGAUGAUCCUGUUGGUGGAGAAAAUCUGGGUGAUGCUUUUGACAUGGAAGCAGAUCCACCAAAUCUCCCUGCAGUUAGAGUGUCAGCAUCGGAGGAUCUAAACUUGGCGAGAACGAAGCUGGAAACGGCACAGGGAAAGCUUUUGAAUUCUGCCAAAUUUGUUAGUAUGCUGUUUUCUCUUGAAAGAACAUUUGCCGAGUUAGAGAAGCUUUCGAAAGAAGUUGAAUCAGUGGAAGGUGGUAUCCAGGUCAAGAAGCAGCAGUUUGAAUCAAUUAAACUUCUUCAUUUGGAGGCGCAAGAAAGAAAAGCUCUUACUGAGAAGAAGUUAUCGGCUCUUAAAUACUCAGUGUCAAACUUUUCUUCAUCCAUCACUUACUUUGAACAGCGGGAAGCUCGAGCAAGGGCAAAGGUAAGUGCUGCUUCAUCUUACCUAGGCCAAAAAAAGGAUAAAUUAAGCCAUCUUCAACUCUGUAAGGGUGAAACCGAAGCUUCUUUGGAGAAGAUACAAGAAGUUGAAGCUGAAUUAACAAGGAACCUUGUUCAUUUGAAAUCAAAACUUGAGAAGGAGAACCAAAGGCAAGAGAAUGAAAAGGUUCUAUUUGCCAUAGAUAACAUUGAUAAAGUAGACCCCAUGCAGAAAAUUAGGUGUUUGGGCAGUAAAGCUACUGAGUUACUGAAGUCUGCGGAAGAAAAGACCAAGUUGCAAAGUGAAAUAAAGGUAUCUAAAGAGAAACUUGGGGCCAUAAGAAGAGAAUUUCAGAAUCUGAAUGAGAGGUCUACAAAUAUAGACAGUGAAAUUCAAGCUGUUCAGCUAGAGAUACAGAAAGGUACCACGUCUUUGGAGGAGAUGGAGCUGACCCUUCAUGGUGUCCUCCAAGAGAAAGACACUCUUGCCGAAAUGAGAGAGAAAGGAAAGACCGAGAUCGAGAGCGUAAUUCUUCAAUACCAUCAGCACAUUUUUGAUGCAGAUUUGAAAGAGGCAGAGAUUAAGACUUUGGAGGAAGAAAUAUGGAUGGAGCUGAGAAGAAUUGAAGACUUACAAACAGCAAGGGCUGCAGCUGCUGAAAAUAAAACCAAAUUGUUGAAUGACAGUUGCACCUCAUGUUUCAUAUCAGAAACGAUGGAAGAAGAACUAAAAACAAUCGAGGCCUGUGUCCUUGAAGCCAAGAUGGUGUUAGGAGGGGUCACUUCAAAUUACUGUUAAGUCUUCUGCUUAACUCCCCAUUGCAUAAGAUGACUUAAAAUGUUUUUACAGAAAGCAAAUUAUUCAUGCAUCUACUGUAGCCAAGAACCAUGCAGCAAUGUACCUGUGAUAGUUAGCCAGCUAAUGUUCAUUAGCCUCUGUCCUUUGGAGUGUUAGCCCUUAUAUAAAAUUGCAAAUCAUUUUUGUUGGA